AUGUACGGUGGUGGAGGAGGAGAUGACACCCUGGCUGCUCGCCUCGGGUUAAUCUCCCCGUCGUUGCUUAUUCCGACAACGUCCAUGAUUUCCCGCGAGAUGUCUCCGGCGCCUGUAAGGGAAGAGAGGCUUCCGUCUCAGCCGCAGUGGAGUCAGCAGGAGACGAGAGAGUUCAUAGCGAUACGCGCGGAGUUGGAGAGGGACUUCACUGCUUCGAAGAGGAACAAGACGCUUUGGGAAGUGGUGAGCUCCAAGAUGAGGGAGAGAGGUUAUAGGAGGAGCCCUGAACAAUGCAAAUGCAAGUGGAAAAAUCUUGUUAAUCGCUAUAAGGGAAAAGAGACAUCUGAUCCAGAGCAUGGCAAGCAAUGCCCAUUUUUUGAAGAAUUGCAUGCAGUUUUUACUGAAAGAGCACAUAACAUGCAACGGUUACUUCUUGAAUCUGAAACUCGUCCAGCUCAAGCAAAGAAAGGAGUGAAAAGAACAAGUGGAUAUCGAUCCUCAGAGGAAUUCUCAGAAGAUGAUGAGGAAGUUGAAGACGACAGUGAAGAGGAGAAACCAGCGAGAAGCAAUACACGUAAAAGGAAAGCUAGCAAAAUUGCAAUGGAGAAGUCUUCAAGGGCAAACAAUGCAAGCAGUAGUACUAGUAAUGUUCAGGAAAUGCUAAAGGAUUUUUUCCAGCAACAACUAAGGAUGGAGAUGCAGUGGAGGGAGAUGAUGGAAAGGCGCGCACAUGAAAGACAAUUGUUUGAACAGGAAUGGCGACAGUCAAUGGAAAAGCUUGAAAGGGAGAGAUUAUUGAUUGAGCAGGAAUGGAGGGAGAGAGAAGAACAUAGGAGACUGAGGGAAGAAAGUAGGGCAGAGAGAAGGGAUGCUUUGUUGACGACUCUUUUAAACAGGCUCGCUCAUGAAUCUAACUAA